CAGAGGUUGAAGAAAGAUUGGAGGCGAUCGAAGUGAAAUGCAAAAGCUAGGGUUCGAAGACGCGAGACACUACUACCCAAGCGGCACAGAGAAGCCCUACAGCGACCAGUCACCGUACAGAGGACAGUCGUCGGCGACUAUCAAGAACACGGCGUCAACGAGCAGAUAUCACGAGGAAGAUCAACCUUACGUGGAGAUCUCUCUAGACAUCCACGACGACUACGUCUCCGUGUACAGCUUGAAGUCGCCUGACCAUAUAGGAGGCACCGGAUCGCUUCUGAGACAAGGCCGUCCGGGGAAGAGCAACUCUGUCCUGAAACGCGUAGCGUCAUCGUUUUCGACCGAACUGAAACGAGUUGCUUCUUCCUCCGUCUCUUCUUCCUCGGCGAGAAAGCCUCCGCGUCCGCCGCUGUCUAAGUUCCGGCGCUCGAAGUCUAGAGCAGAGCAAGCGCUCAAGGGUCUCAAGUUCAUCACCAAGACCGAUGGCGUCGCGGGCUGGCCUGGAGUUGAGAAACGGUUCCAUGAUAUCACCGAGAACACCUACGGGUUACUACACCGUUCGAAGUUCGGUGAAUGUAUAGGGAUUAAUUCAACGGACUUUGCUUUGGCAUUGUUCGAUGCUUUGAGAAGGAGGGAAAAUGUGAAUGGAGAUUCUAUAAACAAGAAUCAGCUUCAAGAGUUUUGGAAGCAGAUUACUGAUCAGGAUUUUGACUCGAGGCUACGACUUUUCUUUGCUAUGGUGGAUAGAGAUGCCGAUGGAAAGUUAAAUGAAGCCGAAGUAAAAGAGAUUAUAAGUCUAAGUGCCUCUGCAAACGAACUGGAGAAUAUUCGGAGACAAGCGGAUGAAUAUGCUGCUUUGAUUAUGGAGACAUUAGAUCCCUAUCAUUACGGGUACAUCAUGAUAGAUAAUCUCGAGGUGCUACUGCUGCAAGCUCCAAUGGAGGAUAUAAGAGAUGGGGAGACUAAGAACCUGAGCAAGAUGCUAAGUCAUAACCUCAGAGUAUCACAAAGUAGGAAUCUCGGGGAGCGUGUUUAUAGAGGGGUGAAGUAUCUCGUGUUGGAUAAUUGGAAGAGAGUGUGGGUGAUGGCUCUAUGGAUAGGUGUUAUGUCCGGGCUGUUCGCGUGGAAGUUCAUGCAGUAUAAGAAGAGAUCCGCUUACCAAGUUAUGGGAGUUUGUGUUUGUGCAGCCAAAGGAGCUGCAGAGACCCUUAAACUAAACAUGGCUUUGGUUUUGUUACCAGUUUGUAGGAACACCAUCACUUGGCUCCGGACCAAAACCAUGUUAAGUGCUGUUGUUCCCUUUGAUGAUAGCCUCAAUUUUCACAAGGUUAUAGCAAUAGGAAUUUCAGUUGGAGUAGCAAUCCAUGCCACAUCUCACUUAGCGUGUGAUUUCCCCCGGCUGAUUGCUGCAAAUGAAGAGACGUAUGAGCCAAUGGUUAAGUAUUUUGGGGUACAGACAAAGAGAUAUAUGGACUUUGUGCAGUCCGUGGAAGGAGUUACAGGGAUUGCAAUGGUUAUACUAAUGACUAUAGCUUUCACAUUGGCUACACCAUGGUUCAGACGCAAUAAGCUCAAGCUUCCUGGACCACUGAAGAAAAUAACCGGCUUCAACGCCUUCUGGUACUCUCACCACUUGUUUGUUAUCGUCUACUCGCUGCUCAUUGUUCACGGAUACUAUGUUUACCUAAUCAAGGAAUGGUCCAAGAAAACGACAUGGAUGUAUUUGAUGGUGCCAGUGGUUCUUUACUUGUCUGAAAGGCUGAUUCGUGCGUUCAGGUCAGGCAUCGAGGCUGUUUCCAUACUAAAGGUUGCUGUGUUACCAGGGAAUGUCUUGUCGCUUCAAAUGUCAAGACCAAGCAACUUCAGAUACAAAAGCGGACAAUACAUGUACCUCAACUGUUCUGAAGUUUCUUCAUUAGAAUGGCAUCCAUUCUCAAUUACCUCGGCUCCAGGUGACGAGUACCUCAGUGUCCACGUCAGGGUUCUAGGAGACUGGACAAAGCAAUUAAGACAACUAUUCUCUGAGGUGUGUAAUCCACGCCUUCCUGAUGAAAACAGACCGAACAUAGCUGACCCGAGGCUCCUGGAUAACAUCCCUGAUUUUCCAAGAAUCCUAAUUGACGGCCCAUAUGGAGCACCAGCACAAGACUACAAGAAUUUCGAAGUUGUUCUACUCGUGGGUCUAGGAAUCGGAGCUACUCCAAUGAUAAGUAUUGUCAAGGACAUUAUCAAUAACAUAAAAGGCAAUGGAGACAUAGAAGAAGGACGAAACAGUAACCGAAGACAGUCACCGAUUCACAGCAUGGUCACACCUCCUCUUUCCCCAGCGAGAAGAAGUGAGACGUUUAGAACCAAGAGAGCAUACUUCUACUGGGUCACAAGAGAGCAAGGAUCUUUUGACUGGUUCAAGAACGUGAUGGACGAAGUGGCCUUAACAGACCGAAACAAGGUCAUUGAGCUGCAUAAUUACUGCACCAGCGUCUACGAGGAAGGAGACGCGAGGUCUGCACUGAUCACGAUGCUCCAGUCGCUGCACCACGCUAAGCACGGAGUGGACGUUGUGUCUGGUACACGUGUCAUGUCCCAUUUCGCUAGGCCGAACUGGAGAAGCGUUUACAAAAGGAUCGCCGUGAAGCAUCCCAAGACUAGAGUCGGUGUGUUUUACUGCGGAGCAGCUGGAUUAGUGAGAGAGCUACGACACUUAGCACUGGAUUUUUCUCAUAAUACUUCCACCAAGUUCUGUUUCCAUAAAGAAAACUUCUAAAACUAAAGUUAUAAGAUAUAUAUAGUUAUAAGGCUCUAAGAGACUUGAACAAGCUUAUUGAGUUAUUGGA